AUGGAUUUGGCACGUGAUGCAACAAGUAUCAAUGAAGAAGUAGAAGAAAAAGAAGAUAGAAUAAGCAAUUUACCAGAUGAACUUAUUCGUCACAUUAUGUCUUUCCUUGAUAUGAAAAAUGCUGUUCGGACCAGCGCACUGUCUCAUAAAUGGGAGCAUAUUUGGACCUCAACUCACAGUUUUAACCUUAAUAGCUGUGAAUUUCCUACAGUGCGUUUGUUUGCCGAAUUUGUGAAGGGCGCGCUAUCUCAUCAAAAAAUUCCUGUAGAAGUGUCUAAGGUUCAGCUCACAAUCACAAGAGCAGCCAACCUCCCUGUUGUUAAACGCGUUGUAAACAAUGUAUAUAUGCAUAAUGUAAGGGAACUGAAUAUGACAUGCCUUGCUAGGAAAUUCUAUCAGUUUCCAGAAUGUCUUUUCAGUUCUGAUACUCUCAAACAUCUCACCCUUGCAACCGGUGACCAAUCUUUCUAUCUACACAAGGCCAGCUGCAUACCAAGAGUUGCAUGGAAUUUUCCGGCUUUAGAAACUCUGUGUUUGAGGAGUAUGCAUUUAGGUGAUCAAGGAUAUGAGAGCCUUGACCUUUUUUCCAAGUGUGUAAACCUAAGGGACCUCACUUUACAUGAGUGUUGCAUGUAUGGCUUGAAGAUUUUCAAUAUUUGUGCUCCAGAACUUUCUAAUCUCACAAUUAGGGGCACCGCAUAUCCAGAUGUUGUCAAUGUCGUCGCUCCUAAACUUGAGAAUCUUACUGCAUCUGUCAGGGGUACUGUUAAUCAAGUUCCAUACACAUAUGAAUCUCUGCAGCUGUCCACGGAGGGUUUUGAUUCUCUUGAGAAAGUGAACCUUUCCUUGUCAAUGCCGCAUUUGGAUCAAGCCAGAUUUUUUCCGCUGCUUCUUAAUUUGUUUCACCAACUCCGCAGCACCAAAUAUUUGGUUAUUAAUUUGGAUAUCAUUGAGUUUUAUUGUGCUUGGGAUGAAGAAAAAGUCCAUAAUUUAAACGUUAAACUGUUCGGACAAAGUAAGGAAUACGAUUUUCUUCUAGUCCAUCCAUCAAAGAGGGGCGAGGGUACUUUUGGCUUUGGGUAA